AUGGACGUUGCGCAGCUCCUGCGGCUUGAAGAAGAGGCGUGGGCCUCCGAGGCGGCGCGCGCGCUCUACUGCACCCCGCUCAUCCCUGGAUUCCCGUGGCACACGGUGCCUGGGUCGCCUCCACUGCUGCUGCCGCGCCGCCACGUGGUGCCCUACCACUACACAUUCCGCGUGUUCGUGAAGGGGCGCUGGAUCGGGCGCGCGCUGCUUGACGUCUACAGCGAGGAGCACGCGCACCACACCCGGGACUACUACGAGGUAUGUAUGCAGCGGGGGCGCCUGCGACGGCAACCGCGGGCGCAGCGUAACAUGCGGCGUGGCUGCAUGAAGCGGUCUCACGGCGUCGACGACGUGCGUGGCGCUGUCGAACACGUGGAGGACGCCGCGCCACCGGCGGCGCUCGAGAACGGCGAUGUCGUGCUGCACACCGUUCACCGGCACGAGAUACCGGUGAGCAUGGGCGCAACCGGGGUUGACCCGAUCGUCAUCGCAGCGGUACGCAUUGUGGAGUACGGGCUCCUCGUCGUGCACAAACCCGCAGGAAUUCCGACGCACGCGGGGGGGCGGUACUUCAUGAACUCUUGCACUGCUAUGCUGGAAUACGUGCUGGCGCCAAAGCGACUCCGUGCGUGGCUCCUGCAGCGUGAUCCCCUGCUCCAGUCCCUCGUGUCGACGUGCCACCUGAGCGCAGAAGAGUGCACAGAACUCCUUGCGUACUACAGCGUAGGCGGAGACGAAGGCGCGACAGCAGCUGCUGGUGCAGCGGGUGAGUCGGCCCCAAUCGAGCGCCUGCCGCGGCCGUGCCAUCGCUUGGACAAAGUGACUUCUGGCGUGCUGCUCCUUGGCGUCACGCAGGCGGCUGCGCGGCGUGUUGGGGAGGCCUUGACAAUGAAAACGAAGCAGAUGGAGGAGGUGUUUUUGGAGCAGCUGCCGUUGUUGUGCCAAAAGGACACUGGGAAGAUGGAGGAUGGAACAGUGCAGACGUUUGAAGUGGGUGCUUUGGAGGAGCUUAAUGUGGGUGUGAGGAAGCGGUACUUGGCGCGUGUUCACGGCUGCUUCCCGCAGCGCGCGUUGCAGUUGCUGCGCUUAAAGGGGCCGACGAAAGAAGGCGCUGCAGCCAGGGAUGACAUGCGAGUGACAGGGGACGAUCUCUUUGUUGCUUCUGCCACUGCCACUUCCCGUGAUAAUAGCAGUGCAGAUGAGAAUGGUGGUAAAGCGUCGGCAACUGGCGUAGGCCCGAUGGUGCUACUCGCCUCGCCGCUGAUGCAGUACGUAUUCCGCGAGGACAACACCGAGGAGGAGGGUGGGGAGACAUUGCAUGACCCCAGCGCCAAAAAACUUCGAGAGCCGCUGCUCCAGAAGGCCGCGACGCUGUGCCAACCCUUGCACCACUACAGUUCCUUCAGUAAGCAGGACGAAGGUGAGAGUUUGGUGCACUGCGUUCCUCUCUCGGGGCGCAUGCACCAGAUUCGCAUGCACCUGAGUGAUUGGGGCCACCCAAUCAUUGGGGAUGUGAGCUACUACGCGGGUGAGCGGCGACCGAGGCAGCCUGUCGACCCUUCGGCGCAACAGCCUCACAGUUCCAGCACAAAGGACAAUGAGGCGCCGCUGUUUUUUUGUGAAGAGGCGCUACCGAAGACGUACCGCGAGACGUUUCACUCACAGGAUGAACUCUGCUGGGAGUGUACGGGGCGGCUACCCGUGGCAUGCUUCGGGGGACGCAACAGCAGCGCCAUUGCCCUUCAUGCGUGGAAAUACGAGAUGAAUCACCACCUGUUGGUGGCGAGCGAUCCUGUCAACGCUGAUCGGGUCCUGGGGCAGACGCAAAUAGGACAGAAGGAACAACAGCAACCCGAGGUUUAUCAGAAGCACGAUAGCGAGGAACCCCCUGAGCUCUGUUGCAGCUGGGGUGAUGCAAAGCAGGGGUCAGUGGAAUUUGUGCGACGGCAGGGACCUACCGUCGUUUUCUCCGCUCCUCCACCGUCAUGGUCGCAACACUGA